UCUCUUUUAGCUCUCUCUUCACUGUUUUUUAGCUUUUAGCCCUUUUUCCUCAAUUUUUUUUCUCUCUCUCUACACACACAGAUGACGGAGGAAUUGUCAAAUAUACUUAGAUGACGACGCCCUCAGCCGCCGUCGCCGCCCUCGUUUUCACCCUAGUAAAUCUCUUCAUUUAUGUUCAAGCCUUAGGUGGCUCCGCCACCACUCUUGCUGUCGUCUAUGGAAGUUCCGCUACUAUCUGCGGCAUAAUUGCUAACCAACCAAUACAAACAAUCCAAUGUUGGAAAGACAACCAAUCUAUUCCUACACCAAUUUCACCUAACGUCUCCUUCGACUUCAUCGCCGGCGGCUUCGACGGCUUCACCGCCGUUCGCUCCGGUGGAUUUUCACUCCUUUUCUGGAACACGAGUUUCGUCCCCAAACGACUGUAUUUCAGCAACUCAAACGUGUUAACAGCCGUUACAAUGGGUGGUGACAAAAUUUGCGGCAUAAUGAAGAGUACAAAAAAUGUUACCUGCUGGAGAGGCGAUUUGAGUGAACCGUCAAAUGGGUCAUCACAAUUUUUAUCAAUCUCAUCUGGGUCUGAAUUUUCUUGCGGAGUUUUGGAAAGUUCAAACAGGGUUGUCUGUUGGGGAAAUAGUGAUAUCGCUUCAACUAUCCAAUCUGAGUUCCGUAAUGAAAGGAUGAUGAAUAUCUAUGCCGGCGGAAGACACGCUUGUGGGAUGAACGCUACCGGAUAUUUAAUUUGCAGAGGUGAUAAUAAAAACGGUCAGCUUGAUGUUCCUUCUAAUUUGUCUUACGAGUAUUUUGGAUUUGCUUUGGGGAUUAAUCAUACUUGUGGAAUUCGUAGGGUGAAUCGCACGGUAGUUUGUUGGGGCGGAAAUGGUACAUUUUCAAGUAAUGUAACAGAAGGAUAUUUUUUUGAAUCAGUUUCAGCUGGGUUAGAUUUUACGUGUGGAUUAACCACAAGCAAUUUUUCAGUGGUGUGUUGGGGGCCAGGUUGGACUAGUAAAAUGGUUCCUCAAGGGUUUGCCCUUCCUUUACCCAUGAUUCUUCCAGGUCCAUGUGUACAAAGUAAUUGUAGUUGUGGUAUAUAUCCGCAGUCACAAAAUCUCUGUUUUGGCAAUGGUAAUAUUUGUAGGCCUUGUGAUUUCUCAAUUUUAACACCACCUACUUCACUACUACCGCCGCCACCAUUGCCACCUUCUUCUUCGCCUUCUAAAAGGCUAAGUAGAGGUUUAUUAGCUUUUGCAAUUGUUGGAUCAGUGGGUACUUUGGCAGGGAUUUGCAGUAUAAUUUAUUUUCUGUGGGCUGGUGGUUGUUUUGGAAAGAAGAAAGUACAUAAUUCAGUUCAACCUACUAUUACUGCUACUUCUAAUGGUGGGCAAUUAUCAAGUAGUGGUCCUAUUUCAAGAUCAUCAACUCUUAGGCGUCAAGGGUCGCGGUUGAUGAGGCGUCAAAGGAGUGGAACUUCUUCUAAACACGCAGACAGGGCAGAGGAAUUUCUGUUUACAGACCUUGCUGCAGCUACUAACAAUUUUUCUCUAGAAAACAAGAUUGGUGCUGGUAGUUUUGGGGUGGUUUACAAGGGCAAACUACCGGAUGGUCGUGAGGUAGCCAUCAAACGUGGAGAAACGGGUACAAGAACAAAGAAAUUUCAGGAGAAAGAAAGUGCAUUUGACUCAGAAUUAGCUUUCUUGUCUCGGCUACAUCACAAACAUUUAGUUAGACUUGUUGGUUAUUGCGAAGAAAGGGAUGAAAGGCUUUUGGUUUACGAGUACAUGAAGAAUGGAGCACUUUUUGAUCAUUUACAUGAUAAGAACAAUGUGGAGAAGAGUAGUAGUAUAGUGAAUUCUUGGAAAAUGAGGAUCAAGAUUGCUUUAGACGCUGCCCGAGGCAUUGAAUACCUUCACAACUAUGCAGUUCCCCCUAUAAUUCACAGGGACAUUAAGUCAUCCAACAUCUUGAUUGAUGGAAACUGGAUUGCAAGAGUGUCUGAUUUUGGAUUAUCGUUAAUGGGCGAUUACAGCAGCAGGCCAAUGAAGGCUGCUGGUACAGUUGGGUACAUUGAUCCGGAAUACUAUGGUCUAAAUGUGUUGACAGCAAAGAGCGAUGUGUAUGGACUUGGAGUGGUAUUAUUAGAACUUUUGACAGGAAAGAGAGCGAUAUUCAAGAGCGAAGAGAACGGAGGUGCACCAAUGAGUGUAGUGGACUAUGGAGUAGCAGGAAUUAUGGCUGGAGAAUUGAACAAGAUUUUGGAUAAGAGAGUAGGGACAGCAGAGGCAAGUGAAGAGGUAGAAGCAGUGGAAUUGGUGGCUUAUACUGCAAUGCAUUGUGUACAUUUGGAAGGCAAAGACAGACCCACCAUUUCUGAUAUUGUUUCUAAUUUAGAGAGAGCUUUGGCUGCAUUUGAUGAUAGCCAUGGCAGCAUCUCUAGUGGUCCAAUUUCCUUUGUUUCUGAUUGAUUCAUAAUUCCACUCUCUCAUUCUUUGUUUAUCUUUUGUUACUAGUGUAAAAGACUAGGAUUUUUUUUCAUUCUAACAUCAUGUUUAAAAAAAAUCUGUAAAUUGCCAAUUGCUGAAAAAGUUGUUCAAGAAAGAUUGCUACUGUUGCUAA